AUGGGUGUCUCUACCUUCAUGGAUAAGAUCAAGCAUGGGAAGGCCGAAUCCCAGGUCUCCUCCCAGGCCAGUCCUGCUCGUGCCGACUCGACCACUGCUGAGAAGGACAACCUCACCCUCGAUGAUAGCCCCGUCAAGUACCUGACCUGGCGGUCUUUCAUCCUCGGUCUGUGUGUCUCCAUGGGUGGUUUCAUUUUCGGAUAUUCUACUGGUCAAAUCUCGGGUUUCACGACCAUGAUCGAUUUCAAACAGCGCUUCGCCGAGUACAAUGCCGCCACUGGAGAAUAUGCUUUCAGUAACGUUCGCAACGGUCUGAUCGUCGGCCUGCUCUCUAUCGGAACUAUGAUUGGUGCCCUGGUAGCUGCUCCCAUUGCAGACCGCAUUGGCCGCAAGUACUCCAUCUCCUUCUGGGCCCUCGUCCACAUCGUCGGUAUCAUUGUGCAGAUUGCCACCAUUGAUAAAUGGUACCAAAUCGCUCUUGGCCGUUGGGUUGCUGGUCUAGGUGUCGGUGCGCUUUCCAGUGUCGUCCCCAUGUACCAGUCUGAGUCUGCCCCUCGCCAGGUCCGUGGUGCGAUGGUCAGUGCUUUCCAGCUGUUCGUUGCCUUCGGUAUCUUCAUCUCCUACAUUGUCAACUUCGGCACCGAGACCCUCAAGAGCGACGCCUCAUGGCGCAUCACCAUGGGCAUUGGCUUCGCCUGGCCCUUGAUUCUUGCCAUCGGUACCCUCUUCUUGCCUGAGUCUCCUCGUUACGCCUAUGGCCACGGUCGUGUCGAAGAGGCCCGCGAUGUUAUGUGCAAGCUCUACGGUGUCCCCCACAACCACCGUGUCGUUGCCCAGGAGAUGGCCGAUAUGAAGCUAAAGCAUGAGGAGGAGCUUGCCCACGGCAAGGCUCACUGGCAAGAGGUCUUCACUGGUCCCCGCAUGAUGCACCGUAUCUUGCUCGGUGUUGGUCUGCAGUCUCUGCAACAGUUGACCGGUGCCAACUUCAUCUUCUACUAUGGAACCAGUAUCUUCCAGGGUAUUGGUCUGAGCAACUCUUACGUCACCUCCAUCAUUCUCGGUGCCGUCAACUUCGGUAUGACCCUGCCCGGUCUGUACAUCGUCGAACACUAUGGUCGCCGCAAGUGUCUGAUGUACGGUGCGGCUUGGAUGUUUGUCUGUUUCAUGAUCUGGGCCUCCGUCGGCCACGAGAUCCUGGUCCAAACCCCCUCCUCCCACCCCGCCGGUGUUGCCAUGAUUGUCUUCACCUGCUUCUUCAUUGUGGGCUUCGCCACCACCUGGGGUCCUAUCGUUUGGGCUAUCUGUGGUGAAAUGUACCCCUUCAAGUACCGCGCCGUCUGCAUGGGUAUUGCUACCGCUGCCAACUGGACCUGGAAUUUCUUGAUCUCCUUCUUCACCCCGUUCAUCUCCAACACUAUCGACUUCCGCUAUGGCUACGUCUUCGCCGCCUGCUGCUUCUUAGCGGUUAUCGUUGUCUUCCUUUUCGUCAAUGAGACCCAGGGCCGGACUCUCGAAGAGGUCGACACCAUGUACAUCCUCCACGUCAAGCCCUGGAAGUCCGCUGGCUGGGUUCCCCCCGAGGGCAUCGUUGCCGACCUGCACGGACCUUCUACCGAGGCCCCCAAGGACGGUGAGGCCGGUACUAGUGAGCACCAGCAUCACGACGGCGAGCCUCAGGAGGUUGCUGAGAAAUAA